AUGGAUAAAAAUCAAAAAAUUCUCAUUGUUGGCCCGGACGGAUCCGGAAAAACCCAAAUUGCAAAAUGGGCGACAAAAUUAUUUAAACAUCGUGAUGCUUACUUCAUGAUUUGCCAUCAAGAGAUGACAACAUCAGAUAUUGUUGGCUGCUACACGACAUCCAAAGAAAAAAUCGUUGAAUGGAAGGACGGACCUAUCGUAAAAGCAGCAAAAGAAGGUCGUGCACUGAUUAUUGACCAACUAGAGAAUGCUUCUCCACAAGUCAUCGAACGAAUCAAUCCAAUUCUCGAUGCUUAUUCAAAUGUUUUAUUAAAUAAGAAGACUGGAUCACAUAAUUCUACACGUUUCAGUGUAACAGAGUGUUUUGAAGGUCUUGAAGUCAGAAUUACUGAUCAUUUCCAGAUCAUUGCCACUGUUACAAAGAAUCAAUUAAAGAAUUUGUCUCCUGCAUUGAAAAAUCGAUUCACAAUUAUAGAAAUUGAUUUCCAAAUUGAUCCUUCAAAGGCACAGGAACAAGUUAAAGAACUUAUUAAUGCAUUAUUGGAAACAAAAAAAGGAAAUCAAAUUUCUUUCUCAGAAAAUCUCAUUAACGAAAUCAUAAAAAUAGAUGGUAUCUCUAAUAUAUCAAAGAUUGUUAAUGGAUUACGUAUAAUCUGUACAAAAUAUCCUAAUUUCAACUCAGAUUCCGCACAACGUGCAAUUUUUAAUGCUUUAAAGGAAAUUUACAUCGACCACAAGACACCAGAAUUGCAUGAAUCAAUCAGAGAAGUCAUUAUUAGAAAAAUAACAGGACCAACAACAGGUUUUUAUUUCAAAGAUUCUCCUCCACUUGAAAACAUUGUUUCAUUGAUUAUUUUGAUGCAAAACAUUGGCCAACACAUUGUUCUUCAGAGUGGAACAGGUUUCGAAAAGACCUCAGCAGCUGUUUCAUUGGCAAAAGGAUUGAAUUUCAAUGCCUAUAAAGUGUCUUUCAACGCAGAAACAAAAUUGUCCGAUUUGAUAGGAAACAUCACAAUUUCUCGUGGAAAAAGUGACAAUUCAAAAGGACAAUUACUAAAAGCAAUCAAAGAAGGAGGUUUCUUCAUAGCAGAUGAAGCAAAUCUCGCAGAAAUCAAUGUACUUCAAUCCAUCAUCAUAGCUCUAGAACAAAAACCAGGAGAAUCAAUAGAAAUUCCAUCAGUAGGAACAACAAUAAUCCAUGAAAAAUACUUUUUCAUCGUUUGUCAGAACGAUAACACGAUGUUUGGUCGGAAGCCAUUACCACAAGUACUUCUUAAACGUGUUGUUUGCUUUGAUUAUCCAUUCCCUAUCAACUCCAUCAAAGAAGUAAUCAAACUAAUUACUUCUGAAUACAAUUUGCCAUUAUUAACAAAUGCAUUGACAGAUUUUGUCAUAAAUAUCAACAAAAAAUUCCAAGAGGAUGACAAAAUCCGUCCAUGGUCAUUUAGAGAAGUCAGAAGGUUCUGCCGAAGAGUUAAAAAUUCUGAGCCUAUUGAGUUCCUCCAAAACAAUGAUGAAUGGAAUAAAAUAUCUUUUGCUCCAUCCGCAAUGAUGCAUGCAUUAUUUAUGUCAUGGAUGAUGUGUCCUGAUCCAGAAAAAUCAACUAAAACAAUUUGUCAAGUUGUUGGAGAAUCAUUUGGAUAUCCAGACAUCGAUAAAUUGGUCUCAAUAUUAUCUACAGAUGCAGUUCCUCAAGAUAACUAUGUAAUCAAAGGUAUUCUUAGAAUUAAAUCUGUUUUUAACAUUGAGAAUUCAAAGAGAGUUCCUGAAUCAAUUUCAUCAUUUUGGAAUGCAGUUUUCUUGGCUUCUUUAGUUCCUCCAACUGAUCCUUUAUUAAUUGUUGGAGAAUCAUCAUUCAAGACAUUUUUGGCAAAUUCAAUAACAGUUGAUCCAAGCCAAGUAACAUUAGGAAGUGAAACAACAACAGCUUCUUUAAUUGGCCAAGUUUCUUAUGUAAGACAACAGACAUAUGAAAGGAUUUUGCUUGAUUUACUUCAUACAAUUAUGAUUUCAAAUGAAAAAUUAUAUCCGAAAUUCACAGAUUUCAAAAAGAAUUUUGUCAGAAACAAAGAAAAUUUAGAUAAAUUAGUUGAAUUCACAAAACAAAUUGAUGUUCCUUAUCUCAAGAAAUCUGUUGAUUACAUCACAAAACAAUUAAUUGCUGAUAUACCAAAUACAGCGAUAGGUGAUUACACAACUGUUUUCAAACCUGGAUUAAUUACUCACUAUCUUUUCAGACAAUCUCCUAUAAUCAUCAAGAAUUUUUCAAAACCUCCAACAUCUGUUAUUGAAAGAUUCAAUGAAUUGUUAUCAAUAGAACCAGAAUUAACAUUAACUGAAGAUUACACGAACACAAUCACUCCAGAAAAAGAUAAAACUAUCAAAAUAAGUCUCGAUCAAAAUUCAAAAUAUAGAUUUAGAAUCAUUGCUUUGAGUUCUUUGAAUGAUUUUAAUAGGAUUUCUGAAGCCAUGAAAUCAAGAUUUAACAUCAUUUCUAUCAAACCAUAUACUGUUGCAGAGAAAAAGACAAUCACAGGAUUAUCUGAUAAAUAUGUUAAUGAUCCGAAAUUCCAUAUCCAUAAAUUGAUUUUGAUGAAAUCAAUCAUUGAUCAAAUCCAAACAAUUCAAACCAACAUUUUGAAUUCUUCUGAAGAAAUUCCUAAAGAAAAAUUAGAAGUACAAGCUGCGAAAAUCUUAGGAACAGAAAAUAAUCAAUGCGAAGAAUUCAAAACACCUUUGAAAAUAGAUGAUGGAUACUUGAAAUCAGAUAAUCCUUAUAUCCUUUCUUAUUCAGCUCCUUCUGUUGAUCCAACAAAUUCAAAUAUUGUUUUCACAAAAACAACACAAACAAUGUGUGUAAAGAUCUUCACAGCAUUGUCAUUAGAUAUUCCAAUCAUUAUUCAAGGACCAACAGGUACUUGCAAGUCAAUGCUUGCUGACUAUGUUGCGAGUUUGAUGAAAGAUUUCGCAAACAAUAUUCACGUGAUCAAAAUCCAGUUGUCGAGAUCAACAACUGUUGAAGAUUUGUUUGGAAGAAAUUCAAUCAAAGUUGAUAUAAACGGAAACAAAAUUUUCGAUUAUAUUCCAACAGAACUCUUCAAAGCAGCAAGUUAA